CAGCACCUGAUCGAGAGAAGCAGCGGCAGCGGAGCCUCGUGAGGCAGGAGAGGAAAUAUUAGUAAAUAAAUAAGUCAAUAAAGUGACGGACACAGAGUCUGGAGCAGCAGGAGCAGCAGGAGCAGCAGGAGCAGCAGGAGCAGCAGGAGCAGCAGGAGCAGCAGGAGCAGCAGGGAUGAACCAGCUGGAGCGGACAAUAGAAGAAGAGGUCGAGGAAGAGUCAGAGUGUCACCAUGACAACAGUGACGGGACCAACAACAACAACAACAACAAUCGACGCAAGAUGGUGUCUCCAGGUGUAGGUGAACACCCCCUCCAGUAUAACUACACCUUCUGGUACAGCAGAAGAACUCCGAGUCGUCCCGCAAGUUCUCAGAGUUACGAACAAAACAUUCGACAGAUCGGCAGCGUGGCUUCGGUGGAGCAGUUCUGGAGGUUGUACAGUCACCUGGUCAGACCAGGUGAUCUGAGUGGACACAGUGACUUCCACCUGUUCAAGGAGGGCAUAAAACCCAUGUGGGAGGAUGACUCUAACCGCAAUGGGGGGAAGUGGAUCAUCCGUCUUCGGAAAGGUUUGGCCAGCCGAUUCUGGGAGAACAUUAUACUGGCCAUGGUGGGAGAGCAGUUCAUGGUGGGAGAAGAGAUCUGUGGAGCCGUGGUCUCCAUACGCUUCCAGGAGGACAUCUUGUCCAUCUGGAACAGAACAUCUAACGACCAAACGACGACCUCCAGAAUCAGAGACACUUUAAGACGAGUGCUGAACCUUCCAACCAACACCAUCAUGGAGUACAAGACCCACAACGACAGCCUCAGGGACAACUCGAGCUUCAGGAACACAAAGAUUUCACUUUGAAGACAUGUCAGCUGACCUCCCUUCUGUCAAAUCAGGACGCAGAUCAUCAUCGGGACCCUCUGCUCCGCCAUUGGCCAGUGGAGGGGGUGUGUGUGUGUGUGUGUGUGGGACCAAUAAAGUGACUGAACUGGA